AUGAGUGCGUCGACGUUUCCGGACGCUUCCCUUGCCCGCGAUACUCAGAGCUCCGACUUUGACCUGAUCGUUCGCCAGCAGCCCAACAGGGCGCGCGUGGCGGGUGGGAAGGAGAAAGAGGAUAACCCAGUUCCCGUGGCCCCGUCCACUGCUCUGACCGGCACACUGGUUUCGUCUCUCCACAGGUUGAAAGAUGUGGACAAUACUGAUGGGGGAUUCUUCGUUUGGGGGGACUUGUCAGUAAAAAUCGAAGGAGAUUUCCGGCUCAAGUUCACUCUCUUCGAAAUGCGAAAUGUACCCGCCAAAGAGCUUUCCGGGCAUGGCAGAGUCGACGUUCCUCUCCAGAUCUUUUGCGGACCAAGCAAACGGCCUGUACCCCGGCCAGAGGAGUAUCCGCAGCCGAUUCCGCGCUCGCCCGAUCGUUCUUCGAUCCAGAUGCCAAGCAACGCGUUCAGCGCUUACCCGACAACGAGUAGAGACUAUGGGUACUAUGGACAGCAGACACACCCCAGUAAGCGGCCGCGAAUGUCGUCUAUAGACCUUGGGACCCGAGGGAUGUAUGACGCAGAUGGGCGGAUGCGUCAGAUGGAUACGUACCCUCAAACGGCGAUCUACAAUCAGCCAGGGGGCUACGCAACUCCUAUGAUGCAAGGCUAUCCUGCCGGACACACGGCGGUUCCAGAUUAUGCGAUGUCUUACGGAAUCCCAUCCUCCACUCAGGUACCCCAGAUGCAAGACCCUGGGGCACACGGUCGAUCCAGCCAACAGGCCACGAUGCAGUCCUUAGGAAUGGUCAACGCGCCUGGUACUCCUACAGCGGACUCGACGGGAGCAAUGAUGCCACAAAGCUACCCUCGUUCGCAAUACCAGACUGGGUCCACAAUCCUUCCUCCUUUGCAACAACGGAAUCGAAAUUUUGCUCAAGGCACCAACGGUGCAGCGGCACGAGGCUACUUUGAUCAAUCUUCCCAAGCGGCGACACCGAUCCUUCCAUCACAACCUAUUCCUACCAAUGAAGUGGACAGGUGUUUGAUUGUUAUUUCUAUUCCCCGUUAUUAUGUUAUGGUUACGGCUUUGGAUCGAGUGAUGACGGAUGAUGGCUGGACGGUUGACUUCAUUCCCGAAGCAAAUCAACUGGUGUUUGUAAGGUUCCUUCCAGCACCGAAACUAUAUACGCGGACUAAGGCUGGCUGCCUGAGGUUAGGCCGGAUGUUGCCUUCCUUUUUGGGGGAAAAUCCCAACUGGAGGUGGGAUUCAACCGGCUUCUUCCCCUCGUUGACAGCCUCGCCUUCACUUCUCACUCCACAGUUGCUAGCAUUCACUCUUUCGGCCUUGCUCCCCACUUUGCUCUUACGAUCAUUUUGCCUACACGCAGCUGUGUUGUCUCUGUUGUCGUCCAUCCGCGUCUGCUCUGAUAUUCUUACCCCAACGCAUCGUCAAACCACCACUGUCCUAAUCAUGGCUUCCUACAAAGACGGAAGCCGUCAAGUACCUCUGCUCCAGGCUUCUCCAGAGGUUUCAAAUUUGGACAUUCGAAGUACCUGGAGCGGUAGCCUAGACGAGCCCGUCAACUGCAGAAUCUCUAUGGUGCUAUCUAUCUUGAACAUCCGAUCUGCCGGGGUUUCUAUCGUCAAUACACAGUUGGUUCGGCUUCAGCCUGACCAGUAUAGUGACGGUACUUGGUCAAGCUCGAGCUCCCCUCAGAGUCCUUUAUUCGCCUUUUCUUCAACUACAACAGAGUCUUACCCUGCACAUUCCCCGGUAUCUGGCUCAGAGUCUUCUGGGGGAAAUGUGCCCGCAAAUAUCGAGAGUUCGGCUCAAAACUUGGUAUCCUCGGUCGAUGGAACUGUUGAAAACCUCUCUAUUUGCGAUACUGGGCUCGAUCAGCUGGAUCAUCAUUCGGCUCAAGUAUCAUCUGCGUCCGAUCAUAGCGAUGAAUAUACUAGGUUUAUAGAUGCUAUCAAGCAGCAUAGUCUGGGAAAGAGAAGUGCUGCAGCGGCAGGCCUGACGGAAUCUCAGCCGGGCUCGGAUACGGAAGAGGGUCAAAGUAGGAAAGCGGCGCAGCAAAACCAUAUUGACAGAAUUAGUUCUACAAAAUUUGAGCCCAAAAGGAGAGUGUCUGAGGGCUGGGCAAACCACAGUGGGCACUUGGUCUCCAACUCCCCGCUUCCCAGAGAAAAGCAGCAUGAACCCCUCAGCGGAGAGUUCGUACCCCAGACUGACAACAUAACACAAAAAAUAUUUUCCGGCAGUACGCAAACCAAGGGUGUUAAUAGUGCUUUUGAGGUCAAGGACAUAGCAAGUAGCAUGAAGCUCGAAGCCAGUGAUGCUGGUGCUACUUUCGAGUCUUCACUAGCUCAUUCAGACACAGGCAAAGAACCAGUUCAUGAUCCUGAACAGCCAGAGGUUGCGGGGUCCGUCUUUGGUGAGGCUGAUCCAUGUUUCUCAUUGAUUGAUGAAAUGACACCGUUACCUGAGCCUUCAAAUGAAGAUACUACAAAAGUAUCGGGCGAAGUGCGCAAAGACCCCUUCUGGAAAUGGUCAAAUGCGGACUCAACACCAUCCAUUCCAGCUUUGAAAGAAUCGCCACUAUCCAAUUCUGACCCCGGAGAGGUACCUAUGGUAGCUGAAAUUGAACCAGAGGAGAUCGCAAAGGCUCGGCUACUUCCCAAGCUCACCAUACCGCAACCUUCUCAUGGGAAGACUGCGGAUGAUAAGGAGACCUCCCCGCAAAGUCAUGAUGACGAGUCACGCGCAGAUGUACACUGCGAACCAGUAUUUGAUAUUAACCGUGGUAUUCUAAUAGUCAAGAAUCCUUCCAAUGUCCAGCCAGAACACUACAAGCUCAUUGUUACCAUAUCUGUGUCUCUGCGGCAAAGAAAGCAAAGCGGAUGGAAUGACUUAGUUAUCCAAGGCCUACCUAAGUUGGUACCUGGCGAGUACGGAUACCUCCUUUUCCUCAUGCCAGAGGAAUAUGGUCUCGAGUUCCGUACGACGAACUUACAGAGGCAUAAGAUCGUGGAAAAUUGCUUCCUGGGUGAGUUCAGCUAUACGGGUGACCUUGUGAUCCCUGUUCGAAGGUGCGAGCGGAAGUUUUACGGAGUUGUCAAGGACUUUACGGUACACCAGGAAAUCAGGGCCGAAUAUGCAUUGGCCUCUGUCAAAGUAGAAAGUCCGCCAGAAUUACAAGCAACAUACCACGCUGUUUGCUCUGUCAGACUGCACAAUCGUUGCUUUUGGGCCGAAACAUGCUGUCUCAUUCUGUCCAUCGAUGGGGGACCAGAUAGUGUUUUCCGCAGUAAACUUGAUUCUCAAGAAAGCGGUCUGAAGAUGAUCCAUAUCCCAGCAAGAGAGAAUGUCGGUAUUGGAUCUGCGUAUCUACAGAUCGUUUGCUCGCCCCGAGAUCUUGAAUUGUUCUGUGUGAACUGGACAGUUCGGCUUCCCGGGCACCAUGCAAUCAGUUGGCUCCCACGAAUUUACCCGGCAUUUUCCAGCCCCAGUGACCGUGUUAGACAUCAUCUCCGACGGACAUUUGAGAAAGUGGAGGCUGUAUCACUUUCACGCAUUGAGCGUUCUCGUGGCUACGAAAUGGGGGAACCUGAGAUCGAUGACUCGAAAGAGCCCGCAGGUAUAAGAGAUGCCAUUGCUAUCGUGGCGGACCUGCCUGCUACGGACAAACAGCCAAUGAAUAACUCCGCGAAUAUUCCGAGAUCAGAGAACGUUAUACAAAAGAUGAGACUCGUUUUCAUUUGCGCUAUCUAUGUUCUGGGAACAAUUCUUGCGUUCUGGCUCAAUAAUACCGUUAUUGACGCUGUGGCUUCACCAACUAAGGCGACAUCCACUGUUGCUAAUAUGGAUGCGGAAAGCCUUAAUAUGAGUCAACCAACGGCAGUACACUGGCAUAGCUACACCAGCCAGCCCGAUAGGUCAUGGGAGGGCAACUCCAAGGAUGAACCAACACCAGGAGUCAGCAUUUCCGUAGAGGCGAACGAAGAGGUAACAAUGGAUACUGAGACCACGAAGCCGGAUCAAGAGUCAACAAGGUCGGCACCAGCUGGACCGCGAAGCCUUGAGUCACCGCAAGCUGAACAAGAGUUGACUUUCCGGGACAGGGUUGAUUACUGGCUUGGGUGGCGGGGCCCGGCCAACAGCGAGAUUCACGGCGAGACUGUCGCGCAAUCUUAA